GAGUCCAUUGCCUUUCGCCUCUCUACUCAGGCUCAAUCUGACAGUGGGGUUUACAGUUGCCCGGGGGAAAGAGAAUCUCAGCAUUAAUUCAAUUUUACUGUAAAGUUAAUGCUUAGAUGCAAAGCAAGCGAAGAGAGGAAGGGAUGGCCUUUUCCGACAUCACAGAGGCUGACCUAAAUGAAUUGAUGCGUGAGGAGGCAGAAGACGUCUUUGAUUAUGGAGUGUCGUCCCGCUUCCCAGACAUCAUGGCUGCUGGCACUCACUCUCCUGGAGGGCCCAAUGGCAUCAUCAGGAGCCAGUCAUUCGCUGGAUUCAGCACGCUGCAGGAGCGACGCUCACGGUGUAACUCCUUCAUGGGGAACUCAGCAGUGCAGAAGAAGCCAAUCUCAAAGCCAAGGAAGCCCCAUCUGUCCGGGCACAAGUCCAGCAGCAGCUCACGAGAGCCGCAGCCCAAAAGAGUGGAAGAAGUUUACGGAGCCCUCAAACAAGGCCUGGAUGAGUAUCUGGAGGUGCAUCAAACAGAGCUGGAUAAACUCACUUCCCUCAUGAAGGACAUGAAGAGAAACUCCAGACUGGGUGUGCUGUAUGAUCUGGACAAGCAAAUUAAGACUAUAGAGAGAUACAUGCGACGACUGGAGUUCCACAUGAGUAAGGUUGAUGAGCUGUAUGAGGGGUUUUGUAUUCAAAGCCGGUUACGUGAUGGGGCCAGUAAGAUGAAACAGGCAUUCACUGCUUCACCCUCCACUAGAGGCACACGUGAGAGCCUGUCCGAGGUCAACCGCAGAUAUAAAGAGUAUACAGAGAACAUGAGCACUUUUGAGGGUGAGCUGGAGAACCUGCUGGGAGAGUUUCAUAUCAAAAUGAAAGGAUUGGCUGGCUUUGCCAGGCUUUGUCCCGGUGAUCAAUAUGAGAUUUUCAUGAGAUACGGCAGACAAAGAUGGAAACUGAAGGGGAGGAUCGAAGCAAACUCCAAACAGAGUUGGGAUGGAGAGGAGAUGAUCUUUAUGCCCCUCAUUACAGACCUCAUCAACAUCAAGGUGACAGAGUUGAAGGGGUUGGCCACUCAUAUCCUAGUGGGCAGUGUGAUCUGUGAAACCAAGGACCUGUUCACCGCUAUGCCUCAGGUGGUUGCUGUAGAUGUCAAUGACCUGGGAACCAUUAAACUUAACCUGGAGGUCGCCUGGUCUCCAUUUGAUGUGGAGGACCUGACCCUGUCCUCAGGAAAUGUGAGCAAAGCCACCGCCCUGCAGAGACGAGUGUCUGUGUACAGCCAAGGCACACCUGAGACACCCACUUUCCAGGACAACUCUUUCUUUUCCACUUUACCUGAUGACGUCUUUGAGAACGAAGGUGUUGCAGAGUGCAAACGCCUGUCUUUCACCUUCUCAGACACCUCCACUUCAAGCUCCGUCCCCAUCCAAUUAAACCCUGAGAUCAAAGUCACACCCCCUGAGACAGACCCGCCCUCUGAGUUGAGCCCCUCCUCUGAGGAAGAUGGGGGUGAGGAAGCAGAAGAGAGCUGCAGUGUGAGAGAAAGUGUGGCCAGUGCUAAUGAACCAGACCUGGAGUGGGAUCUGGUUGAGGGCCAGGGGCCCAGCACAGGCUCCGAGGCCCACUCUCUGUGCUCUGAGAGUCAGCUUUCUGCAGUGGGACCAGAGGAUGUGGUGUUCCUGGAGUCCAAUGUGCCUGAUGAAGACUUGGAGCUGAAGCCUGUGGAGCUAGAUGGGGAAGAAGGCAGUCUGACGAGGCAGCUGGUGAGGAGGCUGACCUCGUCUGACAUGCUGCCCGAGGCUGGAACUCUGAGCUGGGAGGGAGGGGGCAGCAGGGCAUUCCUGGAGAGCAGCCUGGAGGAGGCUAUUCAAUCCCUGCUAAUGCAGCUGGAGAGCUUGGGCCAGCGCUGUGGGGAGCUACAAGACUUGGAGCAGGAGGUUAUGAGACUUGAAGACCUGCUCAAGUGUCGGGUGCCUACACAUAGGAGUCGUUCAUCAAGUCUCAGUUUGACUGUGGAAAGCGCUCUGGAAAGUUUUGACUUCCUCAACACCUCUGACUUUGAUGACGAUGACACAGGAGAUGAUGCUGGCACCCUCUCACGAUCGGUUUUCUUUGACAUGGAGUCAGAGAGAAUCGGGCCAGGCCAGCAUCCAGAAGCAAGAGGCCACCUGAGUGAAGCCCUGACAGAGGACACCGGUGUGGGGAACAGUGUGGCUGGCAGUCCCUUGCCUCUCACAACAGGAAAUGAGAACCUAGACGUGGCUAUCGUUAUUCAUCUACAAUACUGCAAUCACCUAAUUCAGUUGUUGGACUCAGGAGGAAGUCCAUCGCAGCAUAAGGCAUACCUGCACAAACUAGCAACCCAAACAGUCCUAUUGGAGGAGCUCAGUGAGAAAAAUCUUGACAGAUCGGGCUGCUUUACCACGGCAUCUGAUGUGCUGCCUGGAUUAGCGGAGCAGCCGGCGCUGAUGUCUCUGUGGUCAGACUUCAGUGGUGGCAUGUUCUAUACUACACUGGACCGUGUAUUUAAACAAAUGCAUCUCCGUUUUGCCUUACCACUGCAAGAGAUUCCCCCUCAUUCACCUGAUUCAGUGAUAAGGAUGGUGGUGAGUGAGAUGGUAGACAGGAGAGAGCUGGCCUCAUCCCCGUGUCCAUCAACGUCCUCUCUGGCACAGGAUGUGCUCAGCGUUUUUCAGUUUCAUAGAUACACCGUUGAACACAAUAUCACAGACAUGGAGCAACACCUGCUGGAUUUAGCCAAAGAGAUCAUGUUUGCAGAGGCCCUCAGCUGUGGUGAUACAAAGCUUGCUCUCAAGCAGCUACAGGAUGUGUCCUUCACCUCUCUCCAGCCCCGCCCUCAAACCCUGGGGGCUGUUGCUGGACUGCUGACCUCUGAUGACCCUGACCUGAGCAAGGCUGCUACAGCCUUCCUGUCCUCUGCUGCCUCACACAAGCCCUUCAGAUCAAAGGCUUUGAAUUGUUACACACAAGCCUUAUCAGAAGCAGGGUUACACAAACCAAGAGCUGCAUGUGCUGCUCUUAGCUGCCUGCAGGCUGUGGAGAGCAUUGAUGCUGUGGUGUCAUUGUGUGACUCAGCAGAUGAAGAACUACACCAGGUUGCCAUAGAAACCCUCCUCACUUUUGGUGAAGAGGGGCGACUGGCAUACGAGCAGUUGGACACAGUGCCGAGGGAGAUGGUGCGGCUUGGCACACGCCGUGGUAACACUGUUACCACUACAUUUUAGAAAAUCUAGUUCACACAAGAAACCUUUUCUUCUGUAACCCCAACAUCAUUAACCCAUUAUUACCCCAUGACCCUGCAUAUUUAAAUAAUAAACAAACAACCACUUGCAAAAGAAGACAAGUGACAAAGGGCUUUAGGCUUCUCCUUCGAUUCAGACCCUUAUCAUGAGAUCCCAGCUGAAGCCGCUUUCUUCAAAACAGGAUAUUUAUCAUUUACAUUGUUCUUGUCACAGCGGUCAUAAGUUAUUUUUGCUGAUUUAACAAUAAGGGUGUUUGAUUAGUUGUUUACUAGUCAUUUGCAGAUAUCAGUAAAUUGCACUGUCAGAGGAACAUAAAUAGCCCAGCUAUCUGUUUAUCAGAGCUGCAAAUCAAAUUUUUGUUUCAGGGAUUAUAAGGGACAGUUUUAAUGCUCCUGUUGAGAAUCUGUUUGCAUUUUUUCCUGGACAGAGUGAAACUUCUGCCCAUUUGGAAAGAUUUGAGUGAACUGUUCCGAGCCCUAAUUCUCCUUUUCUUUUGCUGGUCAUAUGGACUGUUGAAUGGCCGUUGUGGACAGUGGACCACUGAUUUAUAGAUUGCUCACUUGCCUUUCUCUGGUCAGGAACAAAAAUGUCCAUAAAUUGAACUGUGAGCAGCAUACAGUGAACUGCCACUUGUGACAGAGGAAGCAGGGUUGCUGGACAACACCCCAGCGAGUAUUGAAUCUAUUGCAUUAACAUGGUACUAAUGCCUGGGCACAUGGGAUCUUACAACUAAGGGCUCGAGGACAGACUGGGCCCUUGCUGAGUAUCUGAAAAUGCACUUUUUUAUGCUAUAUUCAGUCAGAGAAAAGGUGAUGAAUUACUGUGAAUUUUGAUUUGUGCAUAAAUGAAGACUGGAAGUAUAGUGCUCUAUGAUCUAAAUUGCUUCUGUACCUCUGUACUACUGAGUCAUGUGACUGUAACGAGUAAUAUCAUUUCUUUUAUUUAUUUUUGUUUCUCUUUGUUGUAAACUGUAAGAUGCUGAUACUUUCCCUUAUUUUGCUCUCUUAAAUAAUAAUAAGUGAACAGAUUGUAUUAAAGAUAUACUAAACGGGCUAAUUUAUUCUUGGUUUGUUCACAAGAUAUGAAUAUGUACGGUAAUCAGAAUUUGGUAUUCUUGAGGGGCUGUUCCCCAUGAAAUUAUAACACAGAUAGCAAUUUUUUUUUACAUAUAGAAAGAGGUUUUAUUUAAAGUAUCAUGUUUUAAGUGUAUUUUCUGAAAUUUCUACAUGUGAGAGUUAUACAGUAUUUGUGUUCAAGGAGGAAACAUUUAAAAAAAUUAUUUUCAGUACUUGUAUAGUCAUGAGAAAUGAGAGAACGCUCUAUGCUAACAGAACAUUUGCCUUUCUCUGUGCUGUUUACACAGACAGUGUUGAUAUUAAAAGCUUGGAAAAGUGAAUUUCAGUAUGGCAGGAAUUAAAAUGCAAUUUUGUAGAUUACCCCAUUGUAAGAAUUGUCAUUGUGAUCUGUUUUCACAAUAAACAUUGUACUACCACUAAGAAUUGUACCAAAUUAGGGCUAAAAUCCGUUCCUUAAAAGAGCACAUUUUAGUGGAGCUACUGGAAGUAUAUGCCUCAAAAGCCCAACUAAACUAUUAUGGUAAGAUUGUUUCUUAACGUGUUAAACGUGUUAUCUGGCAUCUACUGCACAAAGUCCCAAAGCCAUAAUGAUACAAAGGCAAAUAUAUUUAAGGCUGUUUUGUCAUUUCUAUUUUUCAGAAUUAUCUAUAAGAGGAUUUCAAAAUAAUUGUUUUUAUUUUUUCUGUAUUUAGUCACUGAAAUUUUCACUCUAGCUAUGGCUAUAGUUUCCUCAUUCUUUGCACAUUUGUCAAAUUGCAAUAGUUACAGUGUUUGAACUUCUGGCAUUGGCGAUCACUCAAGUGAAUUUCUUUCUUUGCUCAAAUGAAAAGGUACAAUUCACAUUUAUUGCCUUUUAUUCAUCUCAGAAAGAAGCUAUGUAAAUUUAAACUGGAUUUUAUUGUUGUCACAAACCUCAUUAGAAUUGUAAAUCCGUGUUUCUUUAUAGGAAAACUAUUACUAUGGUUUUGUGAGUGUGUGUGGCAGUAAGCAAUUUUGAUGUCUUGAACACACAGCUUGCUGUUGCAAUAGUUUUAGCAACUGCUGUUUUGAAUGAAUGCAGAUGCACAAUUUCACUUGAUGUCAUAAUGACUUUGGUAAUGUUUACUCACUGUUUGUUUAAUUUUUUUUUUUUUGUUGUUGUUAACUGUAUUUCCUUUGUCUGCUGAAAGUGGCAAUAAAUUUUAU